AUACCGACGCCCUCGAUGACGGCAAGUAGGAUCGCACAACUAAUGGCACCGUUCCUCGCCGCCUUGUAUCCGCCUCGGAUAGCCAACGAGCCGCCCGUGAAGAACCCGGCAAUCUGGUCCAGCCGGAGUUGGAGCACUUACGCAUCUUCCUUUUUCCUGAUGCCCUUGACUGCGCAGUCGAACGUGCUGAACAAACCACCCCAAACGCCGAAAUUGCCUCCCAAAACUGGGGCGCGCAUCUUGAUCGCUGUGAUGGCGCCUAGCCUCCGUUCGCCAUACGGGCUGUUCCUGAACCCUUUAACACCAUGCCAGAUCGUGCCUCCAACAGCCUAUUGGGAAACACAUACACCCAUGCAGAAAGCACCGCCGAAGUCAUUGAGAAUGACCCAGGGGCAGGGGUCGCGGGUGUGA